AUGCCCCCAUACCCUCCUGCGUCAAAGCCAAUCCAAUCGCUUACUUUACAUGAAAAGCUCUUAAAGAUUGGUAGGAAUAUCCCAUGUACUGCUGGCGUAUCUAGUUCCGGAAGCAUUCUGGUGCGAUGUUCUUGUUCUGGGUGGAAACCAAAGACUGAAAAUACUGGUCGUGCAGAUAUGUGUGCAUGUGAUCACAGGGUUAGCAAUCAUGGGGACCCUUGGACUUCGGAAGAAUUCAAUUGGCGAUUAGAAAUCGCCAUGAAAAUAGAUAAGUCAUUAGAAGCCAAAGGAAAGCUCUUAGAUUUUGAAUACGAAGAUGAAGAAGUCCGAGAUUUACGGAGGAGACUUACCUCAGGAAAUGAUGCAGCGGCCAUUAAACCUUUUAAACGUAAAUUGGAGGAUGGUGAAGAUAUAGCACCGAUACCUCGCAAGGUCAAACUCGAAGAGGAACCGCUAUCAAUACCCGAAAAGCCUGCGGUUGCCGAAGAAAGAGAAGGAAUAAUCGAGAUGAAGGUCAUUACAAAUGAUAACACCAUGGAUAACUUAAUACUUUUAACAAGUUUAAAAAACUGCAUUCGCACACAGUUACCUAACAUGCCAGCCGAAUAUAUAACACGCCUUGUUUAUGACAGGAAACAUCAAUCGAUGGCAAUUGUUAAGGAAAGAAAGCGGGUUGUUGGUGGGAUUACAUUCCGUCUGUUCUCAGAAAAUCAUCUAGCUGAGAUCGUUUUUUGUGUUGUAAAUUCGGACGAACAAGCCAAGGGAUACGGUUCACAUAUGAUGAACCACCUUAAAGAUCACCUAAAAGAUAAAGAAGAUAUAAAGUAUCUCAUGACGUACGCCGACAACCAUGCAAUGGGAUUUUUCAAGAAAAACGGUUUUACAACAGAAAUUACACUCGAACGCAGCUUAUGGGUACAUUUUAUUAAAGAUUAUGAUGAAGCCACGAUUAUGCAGUGCAAAAUGAUUCAGAAGGUGCAAUAUACUCACCUUCAAGAGAUACUUGCAAAGCAAAAGAGAGCCAUUCAAAUUAAACUUACAGAACGUCGUAAACAAGCCACAAUAUAUAAAGGGAUCGAAAAGAAUUUAGUUAAACCAGUCGAACCUAUGACAAUUCUAGGUAUUAAAGAGUCUGGAUGGACUCCGGAAAUGGAAGCACGUGCACACGGCAACAAGAAAACGAAUCGCAGCAUAAUGGCAAGUAUUACAGCGGAGUUGAAAAAGCAUGCAAAAUCGUGGCCAUUUAGAAAUCCGGUGAAUGGAGAAGAAACUUGA